AUCUCGACGGCUGCGAUGACCACUGAGGGUUGAUGAGGAUGCGAUAUGUCUCGAGACGCUUCCGCCCUCCACCUGGGCGCCGCAGAUCGUGGAGACGUAGCACACGACAUGUCUGGUGUUGACGGGGCCGAGCGGGAAGCCACUGAGGCUCAGGCGCAAGUGGUGGACGCGGUGGAAGCUACCAGCGGUUCGCAGGAGGUGGAGUCGCGCGAACAAAAGACACUGCCGUCUUCGAACCUGGUUGACAGACCACCGCGAGACCCGUCGCAUGAUGCCGUGGCGACUGGGAAUCAUACGGUGGUAACGGGACUUGCGCCUGACUCGGUACCAAAUCAAGUCGCUGCGGCGAAUGGGCAUAUCGAGCCAGACAACGUCGAGCCCUCCUCAACAUCCAUCCCACCCCAGUCGUCUCUACCCCGUGAUCCCCUCCCGGCUCCAGCCCCUCGUCCAAAUACUGGGGGGACAGCAGACGAGCUCCCUCCCUCCGCAAAUUCUUCCCAACAACAAUCUGAUCCCACAUCGACUGCCGCUCCCGCUUCGCAGCCCGACGCCGCGACGGGACCACAGAGCGUGGAUGAGGGCAAAAUGAUAUUUGGUCCAAAUGGCGCAGGCAGUGCCGCGCAUCGACGCCGGGCAUUUGCGAAUACAGGGGCCCUGACGGAAUACGAAGCUGACUUGACGAGUCGGGACCGCGCGAAGCAGAAGGAGGCAGUGAAGAGGUAUUUGGCGGAAAGAGUCAAGAAUGACUGGAAGUGGGAAUGGCCACCACUUGAGGAUAAAGUGGCGUCCCCUGCGGAUCCUCUGCCAGGGAGCCCUGAAGGUCUCUCAGAAACCGUUACAGAGGACCAGUGGAAGGAGAGAGACGAAUGGUCGAGUAAUGCUAGCGAGACUGGGGAAGAGGUAUCGACUGCGAUAUCUGGGGACAAGCAAGACUCACACAUUGACGGGGAAAACGCCGUCAGCUCCAGACCUACCACUAGUACAGAUGAAACUAUCAAGAAGAGGAAGCUGGAGCGCAAACGCCGCCACAAGAAGCGUCUCGCCGAAGAGAUGGCUUGGAAUGACGGAAUACGCUGCUUCGUUCAACGUCGCGAUGCAUGGACGGGUGCACGGCGUGUAGGUUGUUCUACGGGUGUUAAGACGACGGCGGUUCAAAAAGAUCGGGCCUCUACCCCAGAAACCGGUGGGUCAUCUACGGCCAUUGAACAGGAAGACUCGGAAUGGGAGCUGGAUACCGAGAUCCCUAUCGCCCCACCCAUCUUACCUCCCGAGAACGCCAUGAGAUCCAGCAUCACGCCUGCCGCUUACAACACGAUCUACGACAAAGUAAUUAUCCAGCAGUUGACCCCAAGCUGCCCCAUGAACCUGAAGGAUGUAACGCGGAGCUGCGUGCAAGGCUGGAAGCGGGACGGCGAAUGGCCGCCCAAGCCCACCGAGACGCCGCGACGAGCGAGCCGGCGGAUGAGUCUUGCCGGCUUCUUCAGCUUCGAGAAGGAGGCGGAGAAGGAGAAAGAGGAGCCCCAGAAACCCGAUCCUGAGAAGGCGGGCGGCGAGAAAGAGAAACCGGCCAAGGGGAUCGACAUCAAGAAGAGUAUCCGGAAGAUCCUGUUCCGUAAGGACAAGGAGCCGGCGAACGGUAAUCGUAAUUGAAGGAAGGGGAGGACAAGCUCGGGCACGCAGCUAGCUGCUCGCGCACAUCGCUCGCGGUGGUUAGAAAAAUAACGCAUGGUUGGUGUUUGGAUUAGAUAGAUGAUUUAGAUUGUCAGGGGUGU